AUGAUGGAAAAUGAUGCAGUUGGUAUCGACUUUGGUAGUUUCCGCACGAAAAUUGGCAUUUUUCGAGCCGGAAAAUAUGAAGUAAUUCUGGAUGAGCAAGGGCAUCCCUGGGAUUCUUAUGUAACAUUUGAGCCGACUGAAAACUUUUUCGGGCGUGAAGCUUUAAAACGGCAGGGCGAUAGUCUAGCUUCAACGAUUUAUGCAUGGAAGAAUCUGAUCGGCUGUUCGAGUGAGGAUUUGGCAGCGGUUUUGGAGUUGUCAACAAAGUUAUUCAAUAAAACGCCGUCGUCAGUUUCGACGAUCGAAAUUGCGUGUGGUGGUUAUUCAUUUUCUCCAGAUGAAAUCACAUCAAUGUUCUUUGCUCCUAUCAAGGAACGGAUAGACCACCUCUACCCGCCAGCCAAUUGCUCCAAAAAUGAUGAGGCUCAGAUUUCGAAGACACGCAGAAAGUGUGUCAUCACGGCACCAGCGUUUUUGACGGACGCGAAGCGACAGGUGUUGAAGCGGUGCCUUGAAGACGCUGGCUUUGAGGUUUUACAUAUUCUCGAUGAGCCGACAGCUGCUGCGAUUUCUUACGGCUUUUCAAACUCUUCUACUUCCAACUCUAGAACUCCGAAAAACAUCCUCACCCUCGACCUGGCAAUCGUUUUAUGGGCAUUUUCAUUACCCAUUGAAAACGAACUCAUCACGAGAAUCUGGGUGAUGAAUGAAGGAGAGAAGCUGAAUAUUGAAGAGGAGUGGCUCGUGAAGAAAGCGGCUUUGCAAGCUCUCGAGGAACGGCUAAGCGGGACUGAAUGCACCAUCAAAUACCCGAAAGCCCAAAUCGCCUACAAGCUGAACCGUAGCCAAAUGGAAAACUGGUGGGAGAUAUUUUUGGCAAGACUGGAGGACGCAAUUAGAGAGACGUUAAAAGACUCUGGGCUCUCUGCUGAAAGCGUAGAAGAAAUUCUGCUGACCGGUCAUUUCUCCAAAAUCAUCAAUAGCUUCGAGAUUUCCGAGAGAAUCUUCGGACGUAAGGGUUCGAUGGUUUCAGAAAAUAAUGCUGUUGCUCAGGGCGCUAGUAUAUUCGCUGCCCAUCUUCAUUCUGCCGAAAACCCGAAAAGCUACGGGAGAGUCCACGAAAAUCCGUACGUACGGGAAUUAGAAGUUGACCCAGCUAGGGAACCACCUGAAGUUACACGCCCAAACUCAAGCCUCACCUUUCCAACCGAUCCACUCAUCCAGGCGGAAACCCGAUUU